AUGGAUGAACUGUUAGCCAAGGCCGGUUCCCAAGCUGUCACAUUCGCCAUCAAAUCUGGGAUCUCAAUAGCAUCCACCUAUGCACUAAGAACAAUCACCAACUUUGUCAUUCAAAUUCCAAAGAGUGAUGCAAGAAGAAUCGAACGGUUAAAAGCUAAGCUGGAAAAUAGGAUCGAGAUUGUGUCUUCUGCUAUCGAUCUAAUCAAGUUGGUUGCAGCUCGAGGUAACACAAACCUAGAGAGUACAUUAAGACUGACGCGGGAUCUAAAGAAUGAACUUGAUGCGUUUGAUGAACAUACCAGAGAGCUGAUUGAGAAGGUGGAGAGGUCAAGAAGUGCUAAAUCUCAAAAGCAGGCCAUUGAAUCCGUUGAAAGAUAUAUUAUCGAUCUUUUGCAACGGAUUGAUGAGGUUACUCCCUUCAUCAACCUCUCUUUGACUACCUCGGGUGCCAAUCUGAACUCAUCACUGCCUCAACAAGUUUCCCCUGGUUUAUUACUUCAAGCAUCUAAUCACAUCAAUAGGAGUAACACAAACCAAAUGGGGCAAGUGGGUCCCGAUUUCCAAGUAACUCUGUACUCUGUGUUUUAUCAUAUGGAUCAAGAAAAUAGCAAAUCAAAGACUCGUGUCGACUGGAAAGAGGAUAUGAAGAAAGCAUUUGUUAAGGUGAUGAGAACACCUUCUGAUACAGAUGCGUACAGCUACGAGUUACAAAUUGAACAAGAUUUUGACGAUGGGAGGUAUCAUAACGAAGACGAAAAAUGCCAGACAAUGACAUUGAACCUCAAUCAGAUAGUCAAACUCUAUUUUAGCGUGUCUGGGAACCUCUUGAAGCUUCCUGAACAAGACAACCCAGUUUUAGUAUUGAAAGUUGAUAAGAAUAUUGCAGGCAAGCAUCCAGGGACUUCGACCGAGGACAUAGUGUGGUACGCAUUGGGUCAGAACCAGGAACAAGAUGAGGAAGAAGAGGAAGAGGAGGAAGAAGAGGAAGAGGAGGAAGAGGAGGAAGAGGAAGGGGAAGAGGAAGAGGAAGAGGAAGAGGAAGAGGAAGAGGAAGAGGAGGAAGAAAAAGAAGAAGAGGAGAAGGAGGAAAAGAGAACCGAUCAUGUUGUUGAAGAUUCCCCAAUCUCUUCUUCUAUUGCAUUGCUGGAAUAUAUUAUACGAUUAGCAUCCUUACAAACAAGCGAUGACAAGAGUAUACUUGAGGUUAGUGACGAAAGACUAUCAAUCUACUUAAACGACGAAAAUCCAAACUCCAUAAGAGAGAAAAGGGCCAAUGUCGAGCAAGUGACGAAGGACUUGAAAAAAGUCACAUUAGAUUGA